AUGGCAGGAGCGAUCGGCAUGAAGCGAGGGAGAAGGGACAUAACGGUUGCAGAGAGCGACGACAUGGCGACGACAGCGCUGGGAGGACACGUGGUUGCGUCAGAUGUCAGUGAGGAAGCGAGGAAAGAUAGGCCACACUCCAAGCUGUGGAUGGAGAGAACGGGGGCAUUCGAGUGUAGCGAGGACGAGCAGAUUUCGGAGGACAUGGUGCUCAAGGGGAAGAAGUACUACUCCAAUGGGAACAGGGGUGUUGUCUACAUCGCUACAUGUGUGAUGAAAGGAGGAGAGGUUAAGGUUGCGGUGAAAGAAAUUUUGCAUGAGAAGCACAUCAAGCCUGGGAGGUGCUACAUUGGAGAAGAAGCAUUGGAGAAGGAGGCGGGGUGGCUGCAGCGAGCAAACGAGCAUGGCAUCGGACCAAGAUUCCUCUACGGGGAUUCGAGGAAAGUCAUAAUGGAGUUUGUUGAAGGAAAGAGGAUUUUGGCAUUCAUUACCGAGGAACACGACGAGGAACGCUGCAAGAAAGCACUCUGCGAAGUUUUGACUCAGUUGCGGAAACUUGAUUCAUUGCACAUUCACAAAGGAGAGUUUGUCAGACCGGACCGACACAUUCUCAUCAGAGAUGAUGGAACGCCUGUACUGAUUGACUUCGAGCGAUGUAAAGAAUCGUCUACUCCUCAGAAUAUCACUCAGUUCGUCCAAUUUCUGGCAGGUAUCAAGCUGGAUGCAGCUCUGCAUUCAAACGGCAAGAACGUGAAGAUCAAUGGAGAACGUCUCCGCGAAUUGUCGCGAGAUUACAAAUCCCAAGGGUACAGGGAGCAAGAGUUCGAGCUUAUGUUGAAUCUGAUUAGAAAUUCAUGA